UAUCAGAACACUGUUGCCAAAGCAGAGCUAUCACUUUUCACAGACUGGACGUGUACUACAGCAAGAAAACUCUGAAGUUAAAAUUUUUCAUUGAGGAAAAAUAUGUCUACCUACAAGCUUUCAUAUUUUAAUAUGAGGGGGAGAGCUGAGCUUGCCCGUUACAUUUUCGCCUAUGCAGGAAUCCAAUACGAUGACAUCAGAAUAGAGUGGGUCAACUGGCCUACAAUCAAGCCUUCCAUACCGUUUCUGCAUCUUCCUGUAAUGGAAGUUGAUGGAGUCAUUAUUCAUCAGAGCCUUGCCAUUUCAAGAUAUCUUGCCCGGGAAGCAGGUUUGGUAGGGAAAAGCAUCUUGGAACAAGCCCAAAUCGAUGCUUUAGUGGACUCCCUAAAUGACUUCACAACAUUGAUUCCAUGGAACGAGAAGGAUGAAAUCCUUAAAAAAAAGUUACUUGAUGAUCUGUUUGACAAUGAAGCCCCAGUGCUUUUGCAGAACUUAGCAAAUCAAUUGGGAAACAAGGACUGGUUUGUUGGCGAUUCAGUUACUUGGGUAGAUUUCUACUGGGAUGUUUGUUUUACAACUUUUAUUACACUGAGGCAAGACUUUGCAGCAAACUAUCCAAACCUGUUAGCUCUGAAAGACAGGGUUGAAGCCAUUCCCGAAAUAGCAGAAUGGAUCAAAAACAGGCCACAAACAGUCCUCUAAGGCCCAGUAAAAGCAUUAUGUUUUAUUGUUCAGUAAAUUUUCAGAAUGUUACUGCUGUGUGCUUAAUUUUCCAAAGAUACUUGUUUUAAUAUAUAUAUAUAUGUCCCUGCCCAUCGAACUUGAGGCCAGUUCUCCUGUUCCGCUGUCCACUCAAAGGUGAGCAGGAACGCCUCCACAUAUUUAUGAGGUUGGUUAAAGAAAAUUAAACAAAAUGUAAAAGGACAACAUAAACAAGCUGGUUGGUGAACAAAGUAAUCAAAUAAUGUAAAGUGUUUGGGAUUAAAACUAAA